CACAUUCACUCUAAACCCCAAGCCCAUCCAUUAUCAGCAUUGCUUAGUCUUAACCAUAGUUCCACCACCAUCUUCUCAAGGCUACAACUUAAAAGCUUACCAGAAAUGGAGAGAUCACAAGGCUGGAGUUACGUAAAAGACAAGGCUAUAGUCUCCAACCAUGCUGAACAAGAAUGGGAGAAUGGCAUGGAUGAAGAAGAGGAGGAUGGAGGAGAUGAAGACAAAAGGAAGGGAGUGAUGGAGAGAGCAAGGGGUACUAACACAGACCGUGGUCCAUCGCGGCUAUGCCAGGUCGAUAGGUGCACUUCUAACUUAACUGAUGCCAAGCAGUAUUACCGUAGACACAAAGUCUGUGAAGUUCAUGCAAAGGCAUCUGCUGCAACUGUUGCAGGCGCCAAGCGACGUUUUUGUCAACAAUGCAGCAGGUUUCAUGAGCUACCAGAGUUUGAUGAAGCUAAAAGAAGUUGCCGGAGGCGCCUAGCUGGACACAAUGAGAGAAGAAGGAAGAUUUCAGGUGACGGUUGUGGAGAAGGAGCAGGCCGGAGAGGGUUAAGUGGUCAACUGAUCCAGACUCAAGAAAGAAACAGGGUAGACAUGAAACUUCCUACGACCAACUCAUCAUUCAAGCGACCACAGAUCAGGUAAACAUAUAUAAAUACAUCCGCUCCCUCUCUUCUGUCAUCUCUCUUCUAUAUCUACAUUCUCUUGUUAUCCAAAUAAUGGCCUCUAAUCAUGUUAAGAACAGUGAAUCCUAUACCAUUAUAUAACGAUAAAAGUCUAGUACCUUUUAUGUUUUCAUAUAAAGGAUGCCUAUCCGCAAAUGUAAUAAGACAGUUGCAUACUCCUUCGUCUACCAUUAUAUAACACACUCGCUCACUCUAUUUUGUCAUCUACUUAUGUUCUAUAUCUACAUUCUCUUGUUAUCCAAAUAAUGGCAUCUAAGUAUGUAACCAUGUCAAGAAGAGUAGAUACUACCCCAGUAUAUAAGUA